AUGUUCGCCGUUCCAGGGUGGUCCGUUUCGUCUUCGGAGCUGAAGCCUCAGACGGAAACACCAGCCGCAAAAGAUGCGCCCAAAUCUCGGGAUACUGAUGGCUCCUUCAAGAAGCGGAAAAGAGAACCUGGUGCAGAUGAUGAUGGCGGAAAAGUCACAAAAUCAAACGUGAACGAGAUGUGGAAGAGAUACAUUGAAGGGGAAAUACCAAAGCCAAAGAAACCGCGCUCGGAAAAGAAAGUAGCCCAGCCAACUCAAGGAAAAGGGAACAAGAUAGGGGAUGCUGGAAAUUCGAAGCCCGAUAUACCAGCCUCAAAGGGCAACAAGAAAGCGAAAAAGUCGAAGAAGGAUAAAACGUCUAAAAAAGAGCAACAGACAGGAAGCAAUAUGACACCGCUAGGUACCCGUGAACCAAGCGCGGUUUCGUCUACCACGACUUCCUCGCUCCCACCACCACCACCACCUCUGCCAGAAAAUUCAAACCUUACUCCACUUCAGCAAUCAAUGCGCCAGAAGUUGAUUUCAGCUAGAUUCCGUCAUCUCAAUGAGACUCUAUAUACCACACCGUCUACCGAGGCAAUGGAACUAUUUACAAGCAACCCUGAAAUGUUCGCCGAAUAUCACGCUGGUUUCUCACGCCAGGUUAAGGAGUCAUGGCCGUCUAACCCUGUCGAUGAAUACAUCAAGCUAGUCAAAAUUCGAGGCGAAGCUCGUCCUGUACAUAAGAAACAGGGGAAGAAACCCCUUCAAAACAGCUCCGGCCUUCAACCGCUUCCAAGGAGGUCCCAGGGCCUUUGCACUAUUGCAGACAUGGGAUGUGGCGAUGCACAGUUCGCCCGCGCUCUUUCAUCUUCUAAAAAGGCAAUGAAACUCAAGAUACAUAGCUUCGACUUACACGCCCCGGAUUCCGUGAUCACUAAAGCUGACAUUGCUAAUGUGCCGCUUGAAGAUGGCAAGGUUGAUGUGGUUAUAUUCUGUCUAAGCUUGAUGGGAACUAAUUGGGUUUCAUUUGUUGAGGAAGCGUGGCGUGUACUCAGAAGUGAUGGUAUGGGUGAAUGCUGGGUCAGUGAGGUAAAAAGCCGAUUUGGGAAGCCGAGUAAGCACAAAUCUGCUAGGGGAUCCAUUGGCCAAGUUAAGAAAGACAAGUCCAAGAAAAAGCAGAAAGGCGAAGAGGAGGAGGAGGGUGCUGGGGAGGAUGUAUUUGCUGAAGACCAGCCUACGAAGGCAGACGAUGAUGAUCAAACAGAUAUAUCAGCUUUUGUGGAGGUCUUUGCUUCAAGAGGCUUCGUUUUGAAACAGGAGACCGUUGAUAAGUCUAACAAGAUGUUUGUGAAGAUGGAAUUUACUAAGUAUGGAGAGCCUAAGAAGGGCAAGUGGGCUAAUCCAAAUGGCCAAGUCGAAAAGAAGACUCCGUACAAGAAAUGGGGUUUUUCAUCAAUACCGAAGGAUAUCGGGAUGACGGCCGAGGAGGAGAGCAAGGUGUUGAAGCCGUGUGUCUAUAAGCUGAGAUAA